AUGAGCAAGAACGAUAGUGUUGCUCUGGAAGUCGCUUCGCUUCCCUCAAACUCUUCGGGGAGUAAGCAGAUCAACUAUGACGUGAAUGUGGUGGAUGUGGAGUCGCUUCGUCCGGAUACUGACUCUUUGGAGAAUAACGUCUUUGAGAAGGAAGCUAAUCUUGAUAGAGGCCUUAAACAACGUCAUAUUCAGAUGUUGUCGUUGGUCGGUGUUUUCGGUACGGGUUUGUUCUUGUCCAGUGGUAAGACCUUGUACUUGACUGGUAACGUGGGUAUGUUCCUUUCGUACUUAUUUAUUGGUAUUCUUGUUGGUUUGAACCAGCUUGCCAUGAUUGAAUUGUCUUGUUUGAUGCCUGUCACUGGUUCUUAUAUCAGACACGGCGACCAUUUUGUUGAUGGCGCUUAUUCGUUCGCCCUAGGCUGGAUCGGUGUCUACCAGCACAUUCUUCCUAGUGAGAUCUCGGCGUCAGCUUUGGUUAUGGGCUACUGGAGUGACUUGAACCCUGCUGUGUGGAUCACAGUGUUUAUGGUUAUUAUUAUUGGAUGUAACUCAUGGAAGAUCCGUUUCUACGGUGAGAUCGAGUUCUUCUUUGGAUGUCUCAAAGUGCUUUUGAUAACUGGUCUUAUCAUUCUUUGUAUUGUCAUGGACUUGGGUGGUGUCGCUGGCGUGGACAGAAUUGGGUUCCGUUACUGGAAAGACACCCCAUUCAAGGAAUACUACACUGACGGAAGCCUUGGUGAGUUCUUGGCCUGGUGGAAAGCUGCUGGAUCUGUGGUUUAUGCAUUUGGUGGUGUCAAUGCCAUUUCUUUCUAUGCUGGUGAAACCCAAAGACCCAGAUUCUCUAUUUACACUGCCGGUAAGCGUAUUUUCUUCAGAGUGUUUGUGCUUUACUUGCUUACUGUGUUUGGUCUUACGCUUAUUCUUUCUGCUGAUAACCCACAAAUUGCAGAUACUACUGGUGACUCCACUGGUUCUCCAUUCGUCAUUGCCAUCAAGGAUGCCGGCAUUCAAGGUCUUCCUAGUGUGAUCAACGCCGUUGUCUUGACCUCAGCAUUUUCUGCUGCCAAUAUGGGUUUGGUGCAGACAUCCAGAAACUUGUUUGCCUUGGCUUCCAAGGGCCAGGCUCCAAGGUUCUUCCUUAAAACAAACAGAUUCGGCUUGCCUUACUGGGGUGUGCUUGUGUCUGCAGCAUUCAUGCCUUUGGCUUACAUGAGUGCCAGUUCUAGUGCAUCUACGGUUUUCGGCUGGUUCCAGAACUUGACAAGUGCUAAUUUGCUUGUGGUGUGGAUUGCCAUUGAUAUCAACCACAUUGGCCUUCAGAAAGCUUUGAAGGCUCAGGGAUACACCAGAGACGACUUGCCUUAUAAGAUGCCUUUUGCAGACUACGCUGCAUACAUCUCGUUGUUCUUCUUUAUCCUUCUUCUUUUAACUGGAGGAUACGCCAACUUCUUGGACGACAACUUCGACAUUUCGUCAUUCUUCAGUUCAUACUUUGUCAUUCCACUCUUUAUAGUGUUGUUCUUCUUCUGGAAGAUCGUCAAGAAGACGCAUCACAAGAAGUCAGAAGAUGUGGAUUUGGAGACGUUGUUCAAGGACGUCGAGGCAAACCCAGAGACGAUUCCUCCACCUAACCGUGGCUGGAGAAUCAUCAAAUAUUUAUGGGAGUAA